GAUACCCGGAGCUCCUCGCCUGCUCCACACCUCCUCCCCGCCCAGCGAGCUCUUCUUGAGCAACGAGCCCGCCUUUCACAACACACCACAACCUCACACAUUAUGGCACGCCGAUCAAGGGGCGCCGACCGGCGCUCAACAUGGUCCAUUGCCUUUUAUCUCCUCCUCGUCCUCGUCGGAGGCCUGAUGAUGGCAAGGACCGCUCGCGCCGACGAGCAGGAACCUCUCAAGGAAGAUGAGAACGCUGUUUCGGGACCCGUUAUUGGUAUCGAUUUGGGAACCACCUACUCGUGUGUGGGUGUCAUGAAGAACGGAAAGGUCGAAAUCAUGGUCAACGACCAAGGUAACCGUAUCACACCAUCCUGGGUCGCCUUCACCGACGAGGAGCGCCUUGUUGGUGACGCCGCCAAGAACCAGUACGCCAGCAACCCUCACCGCACUAUCUUCGAUGUGAAACGUCUCAUCGGUCGCAAGUUCAACGAGAAGGAGGUCCAGAACGACAUCAAGCACUUCCCCUUCAGCGUAGUCAGCAAGGGUGGACAGCCCCGCGUCAAGGUUGAGGUUCAGAAGGAGGAGAAGACCUUCACUCCUGAGGAAAUCUCCGCCAUGGUUCUCGGCAAAAUGAAGGAGGUCGCAGAGAGCUACCUUGGCGAGACCGUCAAGAACGCCGUCGUCACUGUCCCCGCUUACUUCAACGACGCCCAGCGUGCCGCCACUAAGGACGCUGGCACUAUCGCCGGUCUUAACGUCCUUCGUGUUGUCAACGAACCCACCGCCGCCGCUCUCGCCUAUGGUCUCGAUAAGACUGGUGGCCCUGAGCGCCAGAUUCUUGUCUACGAUCUCGGUGGUGGCACUUUUGAUGUGUCGGUUCUCACCAUUGAGGGUGGUGUUUUCGAGGUUCUUUCCACCGCCGGUGACACCCAUCUCGGUGGUGAAGAUUUCGAUAACCGUGUCAUCAACCACUUCGCCAAGAAGUACAACAAGGAGAAGUCUGUCGAUAUCACCAAGGACCCUAAGAGCAUGGGUAAGCUGAAGCGCGAGGUUGAGAAGGCCAAGCGCACGCUCUCUUCCCAGAAGACCACCAAGAUCGAAAUUGAGUCCUUCCACAAGGGCGAGGACUUUUCCGAGACCCUCACCCGCGCCAAGUUCGAGGAGCUCAACGCCGAUCUUUUCAAGAAGACUCUUAAGCCUGUUGAGCAGGUGCUUAAGGACGCCAAGCUCAAGAAGGCCGAUAUCGACGACAUUGUUCUCGUCGGUGGUUCCACUCGUAUCCCCAAGGUCCAGGCCAUGCUCGAAGAGUUCUUCGGCAAGAAGGCCCGCAAGGACGUUAACCCCGAUGAGGCUGUCGCUUUUGGUGCCGCCGUUCAGGGUGGUGUUCUCACUGGCGACAAGGGUACUGAAGACAUCAUUUUGAUGGACGUAAACCCAUUGACGCUGGGUAUCGAGACCACCGGCGGUGUCAUGACCCACUUGAUCAAGCGCAACACCGCUAUCCCCACCAAGAAGUCCCAGAUCUUCUCGACUGCCGCUGAUAACCAGCCCGUCGUUUUGAUCCAGGUAUUUGAGGGUGAGCGCACGAUGACUAAGGAUAACAACAAUCUCGGCAAGUUUGAGCUCACCAACAUCCCUCCCGCUCCACGUGGCGUUCCCCAGAUUGAGGUCACCUUCGAGCUCGACGCCAACGGUAUCCUCAAGGUUUCUGCCGUUGACAAGGGCACUGGCAAGGCGGAGAGUAUCACUAUCACAAACGAUAAAGGUCGUCUCACUCAAGAGGAGAUUGAGCGCAUGGUUGAAGAUGCCGAGAAAUAUGCCGAUGAGGACAAGGCUACCAAGGAGCGCAUCGAGGCCCGCAACAAGCUUGAGAACUACGCCUACAGCUUGAAGAACCAGAUCAACGACGACAAGGGCCUUGGAGGCAAGAUCGACGAAGAUGACAAGGAAACCCUCCUCGAGGCUAUCAAGGAGACUCAGGACUGGCUCGAGGAGAACGCCGCUACCGCCGUCGCCGAGGACUUUGACGAGAAAUUUGAGACCUUGAGCGGUGUGGCCUACCCCAUUACCUCCAAGUUGUACGAGGGAGGUGCUGGCGGCGACGACGAUUCGGAGCCUGGCCACGAUGAGUUGUAG